UGAUGUGUUGUGUCUGUCUGUAAAAUCAAAACCCUAAAUUUCUACACAGAUAAACCUAGAAAAAACAAGAAAAACUAGCACUUUCUUCUUAUUAGAUAGAGAAAAAUGAUGGUUCAUGUACCACCAUGGUCACUGUAUGAUCAAGAUUCAGUUUCUGGUAACAACAACAAUAUGAUGUAUCAACUUCCAGUAAGCGGAGUUGGUUCUGGUUGUAACAGCAACAACAUCAACAAUGGAGGAGAUUACUCGCCGUUAUGCAUGAGUGAAGCGAUUUCAGCUUUAUCACGUUAUUUACCAUCAAACGAUCUUGAUUCAGAUGAUUCAGACUUAUCAUCAGUCGUUGAUGCUUAUUCCUGUGAUGAGUUUCGUAUGUAUGAGUUCAAAGUAAGGAGAUGUUCAAGAGGAAGAUCACAUGAUUGGACUGAAUGUCCAUACGCACAUCCAGGUGAGAAAGCAAGAAGAAGAGAUCCCCGGAAGUUUCAUUAUUCCGGUUCCGCUUGUCCUGAUUUCCGGAAAGGGAAUUGCAAAAGAGGUGAUACUUGUGAAUACGCACACGGCGUGUUUGAGUGUUGGUUGCACCCAGCUCGUUAUCGUACGCAGCCUUGUAAAGAUGGUACCAGUUGUCGUCGUCGUGUUUGUUUCUUUGCUCAUACACCUGAACAGUUGAGGAUUCUUCCGAGUCAGUCUCAACUCAGUCCUAGAAAUGAGUCUUCACCACCGAGUUACGAUGGUUCGCCACUUCGUGUCGCUUUGGAUUCUUACUAUGUUGGUUCUUCACCUACUUCUACUUUGAAUCUGUCGCCACCGAUGUCUCCUAAUUCUGGGUCACCACCUAUGUCUCCAAGUACUGGUAUGGGUCGGUCUAUUAUUGGGUCCAACUCGGUUAAUGAAAUGAUCUUGAAUCUUCGUAAUUUACAGCUUAACAAAGUGAAAUCUGCACCUUCUUCAUGGGUUCUUGGUAGUUCUAGUUUUUGUUCACCUAGGGCUAGUUCUAGCCUUCGUCCUGGUUUUAGCAGUUUGCCAACGACUCCAACUCGGACUCCAACAGCAACUAGGUCUGGUGGAGUUGGGUAUCUCGAUUUUUGGGAUCAGUGUAGUUCUCUGGAAGAAGAACCAGCAAUGGAGAGAGUUGAAUCCGGUAGAAACUUACGUUCAAAGAUUUAUGAAAAGCUUAGCAAGGAAAACUCCUUUGGACGUGAACGAGUUGACUCAGUUCCUGGCUCUUGUGGUCCUGAUGUUCAGUGGGUUUCCGAGCUUGUCAAGUGAAAAAGUUGAAGACGAAAAUGGGUUUCUUUCUUCUUUAUGGUUCAAAUGAUUUUUUGUGGGUUUUAAUCUGUAGACCCUAAUUUUUUGUUAUUGUGAAUAGCAUGCAAAGGAGAUUUGCAGCAUGACAAGCAGAAGAAGAAGAAAGAUGAAUUUUGAAGAAAAAUGGGGGGGAAUUAUCAUUAACAGCGGGGGUACCAAGUGUUUUCUGUGAAUAGUUUUAAUGCAUUAUGGAAGGGGUUUAGUAAAGGGGUUCCUAUUUCGGAUUUUUUUUUUGGAUUUUGAAGUUCAUCUGCAGCAGCCAGCAGCAGCAGCAUCAUGAUGAUGAUGAUCAUCAUCUUAUGAAGAAGCAAAAUUGUACAGCUUGCUUAGGUUUUGCAAGCCUAAUUUCAACGUGUUCUUAUUUUGUUUUUAAUGGUUUUUUGUUAAUUACAUUCCUAAUAUCUCUACUGAUCUUAUUAUUAUUAUCAUCUCUUUAUGUAAAAGCUUUGGAACUCUUUUACUUGUAAUCAUCAAUUAAUGUAAUAUAUUUCCAUUUCUCAAUUUGAAUAUAUUUCUU